AUGGCUGGGGGCGCCACAUGGAAUCUGGUUGCAACAGUCACCUUCUACAUAAGUCUCAUCUUUAGCAAAAUCUCGGUCGCCGCCUUGUUCCUUCGUAUACUCGGUCAGACAAGGACAGUCCGAAAGACGGCCUUCCUGUACUCAAUGAUGGCACUUGCUACCAUCAUUGGUUUCAUAGGGGCAGGUUAUUGCACUGGCCAGUGUUCACCGAUCGCCAAAGACUGGAGACACAGCAUUCCUGGGAAGUGCCAUGGCAACAUAAGUCUGAAGAUUGGAGUCGCCCAAGGAGCUAUCAACGCCUUCAUCGACUUUGCACUUGCCUUUUUUCCCAUUACGUUUCUUCUGAAUAGCUCUAUCAACGCCCGGAAGAAAGCGGUCAUCUGGCUCCUAAUGUCAUGCGGAAUGGUAGCAGGAGUCUGCUCCAUAGCACGUGUGGUGGUAUCGACAGUGCGCAACGAUAGCGGUGACUUCACCUACGUCGAAACCAUACACACCUAUCUUGCCAUAUCGGAAGAAGGAGUCAGCAUCGUGCUUGCCUGUUUGCCAACGCUCUUACCCUUGGGAAGGUUGAUAAGAGAUCGAACGUGCUUCAGAAGGCAUGGCACCAAUCGCCAGACCACCAAGAACAGUACGUCUUGGCCGUCAGAGAGAAAGCGUUCUUACCCCAGCCCGGAUCCGUAUGCUAUGGAUAUGGAGGACUACACAGCGGUGAAGAGCGCGACGACGAUUCAGAAGACUAGCACCUUUGGUGUCACUUUCGGGAGCGAGGUAGAUUUGAUUCAAGCGAUUGGUGACGGGAGAAGGACUGAUGUUAGAGGAGGUGAAAUACCACGAGAGGACGCGGUCGGCCUAGCUGUUUAG